GCAAAUCACAGCAACGUUACGUACUACCUACUCUGUCAUUUCAUUCAGCUGCUGGUCACCGUUUUGGAUGCAUAGGGCGACCCCACCCAUGAUUUUCACUCUAAACAAUCCGACAAUCAAGCUCAGCAACCCCGCUUCUGAACUUCUGAGUACACCUGCAGCCCAACCAGACAAAGACGGAUCCCGACCGCGACCGAAGAUACCCUCUCUUCAGCUCGACCACUCGCUCACAGAACCAUCACCAUGGCCGACUCUCUUACCGAAGAGCAAGUCUCCGAGUUUAAGGAGGCGUUCUCGCUUUUUGACAAGGACGGCGAUGGGCAAAUCACUACGAAGGAGCUAGGCACUGUGAUGCGCUCGCUCGGCCAAAACCCUUCCGAAUCAGAGCUGCAGGACAUGAUCAACGAGGUCGACGCCGACAACAAUGGCACUAUUGACUUUCCUGAGUUUCUGACCAUGAUGGCGAGGAAGAUGAAAGACACCGACUCGGAGGAGGAGAUUCGCGAGGCUUUCAAGGUCUUCGACCGGGACAACAACGGCUUCAUCUCGGCGGCCGAGCUUCGCCACGUCAUGACCUCGAUCGGUGAGAAGCUGACGGAUGAUGAGGUCGAUGAGAUGAUUCGCGAGGCUGACCAGGAUGGCGACGGGCGUAUUGACUACAACGAGUUCGUCCAGCUGAUGAUGCAAAAAUAAACGCCCCUGUCCUCGACACCCCGGCCCGACGGCUUGACGAAUCAAUACGCCUUCUCUUUCGUCUCCUGCUCGCCACCUGGCUUUUGAAUGGAUCCUAGGUAGCUACCAGCGGCUUUGCAGGAUAUAUGGUAUCGCAGGGCAAGGAACCCAUCUAUUCCUGUUGGC